AUGGAAGGAGGACCUUCAUCUGUUGUAAACGAAGAAGAUGAUGUUAUGGACUUGCCUCCGGGUUUCCGAUUCCAUCCUACGGAUGAGGAGAUUAUUAUUCAUUAUCUUAUCAAGAAGGUUAUGGACAGGCGAUUUGCAGCAAGAGCUAUUGGAGAAGCUGAUCUGAAUAAGUGUGAACCCUGGGAUUUACCGAAGAAGGCGAAGAUGGGGGAAAAAGAAUGGUACUUUUUUUGCCAGAGAGAUAGAAAAUAUCCAACAGGAAUGCGAACAAAUCGAGCAACAGAAUCCGGAUACUGGAAGGCAACUGGAAAGGAUAAGGAAAUAUACUACAAGCAGGGAAGGAACCGUCUCGUUGGGAUGAAGAAGACCCUUGUUUUCUAUAAAGGGAGAGCUCCUAAAGGAGAGAAAUCCAAUUGGGUUAUGCAUGAAUAUCGACUUGAAGGCAAUUUCUCUUACAACUUUUCUAGGGCUGCAAAGGAGGAAUGGGUUAUUUGUAGAGUUUUCCACAAGAGCACAGGAGUGAGGAGAGUUCCAGUGCACAUGUGCAAUUCUGAUGAUAUGGCCUUCGAUUAA